AUGUCCCAGAAGAUCACUCAGGGCUCUGUGGUGGAUCAGUCCCAGCAAGAGGAGGACUCUAGCUUUGUUCAGUCCGGAAAGGGGGGCCGGAAAAAGUCCAACUCGGGUCGAAGAAAUGAAGAGACCUCCUCUUCUCCUGAGAGUCCCAAACACGUGACAUCUCGAACGCCAGACGAAGGCUAUCAAUCUCUUGCGGCAACUCCAGCCACCCCCGUUGUCCCGCAAGACGCUGCAACGCGACAACCGAUGAACGGAUUUCCACGUGUCCCCAUGGAGCUUCUCCGAGAUGUAUGGCUCGAGAAACCACAGUACGAUCGGGCCGAAGCUGCCUUUUAUCAAAACCAGUGCAGUAACAGUUCAACCAAGAAAUCCACCUGUCCCUCCACAUGUAGAAGCAGUGACCACCCCCAAAGUCUUGUUGAGGAGGAGGAGGAGGAAGAAGACGAGGAGGAGGAGCUGGCGGUGGUGGAGAAGAAGCCUGUGUGUGUAGCGCAGUGUAAAGCAGAGGUCUUCCAUGCACUACAUCCCAUUCAAGAGGAGGAGGAACCGGCUGAAGUCUCGGACAAAGAAGAUGCUCCGGCUUCAGGGGUUUGUUACUUCCUUCAUGCCGACAGUGAGCGGCUGUGGCUCGACAAGAGACGAUAUGACGCUGCUGAGACACGAUUCUACAGUUUCCACGUAGAGGAAGCCAGCGCGUUAAAGAAGAACGUUAGAGAUCUCGGCCCCACACCUGUCACAUCCACUGCCCUGCCCCGGGACAAAGCCAUGAGCGCUCCGGACUUUCUGGCAAAGGAGAAAAUCUGGUUUGAUAAACCGCGCUACGAUGAAGCAGAGCGGCGUUUUUACGAACGUACAAGCGGCUCCUCCAAUGCAUCUCAAAGCACAGGAGAUCUUGGUUCCAACUCUAUUCUAAAAGACAUAGCCAGAGCAAGGGAGAACAUCCAGAAAUCUUUAGCCGGAAGCACAACCACCAGCAGCAAUAAUGAAAUCGAUCAAGGGGAAAUAGUUUGUCGGAUUAAAAACCUGGAGCAGGAGAACAGCAACCUAUACAAAGUUGUGGAAGACCUUCGAGCAGCGCUUUCUAAACUGGAGUGUCGAGUAGAAGUUCUUGAGAAAUCUCCUGCACCUGUUACUCCCGCUACCAAAACCCCCGUCCCAUACACAAAUGGCACUACUGUUGAGCAAAAGAGCUGCAUGGGCGAUAAACAAGAGGAAGAUGACGAUGACUUUGACUUCUUUGGGAGUGAUGACGAUGAAGAAGCAGAGCAACUCAAACAGCAGAGGAUAAAGGAAUAUGCAGAGAAAAAAGCAAAGAAGCCCGUCCUCAUCGCAAAGUCUUCGAUUUUACUCGAUGUCAAACCUUGGGAUGAUGAAACGGACAUGUCGAAGCUGGAAGAGUGCGUCCGCUCAGUGACCAUGGAUGGACUAUUAUGGGGUUCAUCAAAACUGGUGCCUGUUGGUUACGGCAUCAAGAAGCUCCAAAUCACAUGUGUGGUAGAAGACGAUAAGGUUGGAACAGACUUACUGGAAGAAGAAAUUAUCAAGUUUGAAGAUUAUGUUCAGAGUGUUGAUGUUGCAGCCUUUAACAAGAUCUGA